GGCAUGGCUUCGGCGGGCAGCGGCAUGGAGGAGGUGCGCGUGUCGGUGCUGACCCCGCUGAAGCUGGUUGGGCUGGUGUGUAUAUUCCUGGCGCUGUGUCUGGACCUGGGCGCGGUGCUGAGCCCAGCCUGGGUCACGGCCGACCACCAGUACUACCUGUCCCUGUGGGAGUCCUGCCGGAAACCCGCCAGCCUGGACAUCUGGCACUGCGAGUCCACGCUCAGCAGCGAUUGGCAGAUUGCUACUCUGGCUUUGCUCUUGGGCGGUGCCGCCAUCAUUCUUAUUGCAUUCCUGGUGGGCUUGAUUUCUAUCUGCGUGGGUUCUCGGAGGCGCUUCUACAGACCUGUUGCUGUCAUGCUUUUUGCAGCAGUUGUUUUACAGGUUUGCAGCCUGGUCCUUUAUCCCAUCAAGUUCAUUGAAACUGUGAGCUUGAAAAUUUACCAUGAGUUCAAUUGGGGUUAUGGCCUUGCCUGGGGUUCAACAAUAUUUUCGUUUGGGGGUGCCAUCCUUUAUUGCCUGAACCCUAAGAACUAUGAAGACUACUACUAGAACCAAUAGUCUCAAAUGAAAAAAAAAAAACACCAACCAACCAUCCAACAGAAGGAUUACGUCUGCAUCUUUUCUAACUCAGUAUUUUCUAAAACACUUGUGGAGCAUCAAGCAGUUUGCUCAGUUGAUUUAAUAUCUUUUGCCUUUUGGCUGUCAACAUCAUAACCAGCUUUUACAUCCAUUUUAGAGACCUGCACAAAUUAAGAGAGCUGAUUAGACAUAGGCAAAUGCUGCAAAUUUCCAAUAUGUUCAUGUCAUUUUUCUUGACAAGUAAAGGGUCUAUAUGACAGCAACCAUUGUGAGAAACUAGUUGGAAUGAGAAAUGCCUGAAUCUCCUAUUGCCUGCAGGGGAGGAGCUGGCAUAAGCAACAUUUAGAAGUUCCUUUGCACUGACAGGGAUUCCAGUUAGAGUCCUCAUCACCUGCUUAUCCCACCCAGUGACUGCUUUGGUCAUUGGUUAUUUGCUUGAGUGAGCUGAAAAGUCAACUCCCCUUCAGCAUCUGACAGGAGUUGUGAAUGUAACUGGUGAAUGGUAUACAUUCCUCCUUCAAGAGUACUUUUUUUUUUUUUUUUUUAAUGGGAGUUUAUGCUUUGGCAAUCAGCAUCUCCCUGGGAAGGGAGUCAAGACUUGGAGACAUGUACUUUCAUUAUGUGGGUAGAAAUUGUGUCUCAGCCAUAUCUAGAGUGGGGGGGAAUUGAGGGUCUCUGCUUUUCCUGGGCAACUAGAAAGAAACAUGCAUGAGUUGCUUCUGUCCUAAGUACCCUUCCAAUUAGUUAUCAAACAUUGCAGCAAACAAUUGUGCAUAUGUAAUGAGCUUAACUAUUUUUAUAGAAAAUGAACCAUUAGCAUUAAUGGUAAUAUGUUGUUCCCUAGCCCUACACAUACUUUUCUGCCUGUUACACAUAAAAUUGAUAUUUGCUCUAGUGAAGUUGUUUGAACACUAACCCUGUACAUGUUAAGAGGCUUAGAUUGGUAUUCACACUUAUUUACCAUACAGAGUACAUAUACCGUAAAGCUUUUGCUCCAUAUUCUCUACUGUUUCACUGGAAUGUUUUAAGAGAAUUUCAUAAAGAGGAAAAUUGAAAUGAUGUUCAUGUGAAAAGCAAUGAUUCUCCUGUAAGCACUGUAGUUCAAAAGAGAGUAGCAAUUAGGAUGAUCAUUUUGUUUAGAGUUUACUAAAAUAGAAAGCUAUUUUUUUUCACGUAUUUUAAAUGUCGUUAAAAGAGAAAGUGAGAAUAGCAAUAGAUUUGUAUAAAUGUCUCAGUAGAGCAAUAGAAUUUGUCCGAUCAUCACCUGGUCCUCUGAAGUUAACUGAUGGGCUGACUGAUCUGUGCACACAAUUAUGAUGCGUUUAUGUUAAGGAAAUUUUUGUUGACUGUUCAAAUGGGAGGAAGUGUCAAAAUCAUAGGGAGUAAGUUUGGAACUAAUCUCACACUGCAAACUUGAGUUAAUUCUGUUUCAUAUACAAAUUUGGAUAGUUUAAUUAUAAACAUAUUUUUAUAUCUAAUAUACAAUUCUAAUAUAAAGGUUAUAAAUAGUUAUUUUUGUUAACAAAGACACUAAAACAGUAUGUCCUAGUUUUGGCCCUCCUACAGAAAGAAGCAUUGGAGAAAGCGUUUAAAACACAACUAUAUGCUCUUGUAUUGCAAACUCCAUUAAGAGCAGGACCACUUCGACAGUAUUUAAUAAUUUGCUGUACCUCCCAAAGCAAAGUUCUGUUUUCAGCUUGUCUUAGAAAGUGUUGUCAAAAACAACAGCAAAAAAAGAAAGAAAAAACAAGCAAAAAUUAUAAAACACUUUAUUACUCAAAUGCUAAAAAUAAUCUUAUCUUACAAAUUUUCUGUAGAACUACAAAGUAAGUAUGAAGUACUAGGCUUAUUCUUAUUUUAGCAAUUGUAACCAAAAGUUAUUGAAUGCAUCUGAGAGACAUCUUUAUAGAAAUAUAUGAUUCUAUAAAGAAUAUAAGAAACUAUAAGUGGAAAUUUUCCAAACAGAUAUUAGUAUUAUAGAAUCUUUUGAAGCAAUUUUCUUGAGAAAUAGUAAAAUUGGGGGCAGAUUGUCUUGCAGUUAAUUUCAUAUUGCCAGAGCAGCAUGAGAAAUACGGUAUUUGGAUAGGGGUUUCAGCUAAUAAACACCCUCUGUUGUGAGAGGAUCUCUUUUUUUCCCGAUAAUGGAAGGAACAAUACUUUAGUGCUGACAUCAGUGAGGCACUUUUCUUAGUGUUAGGAGAGGAUGCAGUGUGCUGUUGGACCAAUAUCAUAUCUUGAGACUUACCAAGUUUUCAUUCUCUGUCAAUAUGACAAGCUGGGAAGUGACAGAAUAUGUUAUAGGUUAAGGCACACUUAUUUGCAAUUUACUGAAAAGUGGAUUUCUUCUGUGACUUUUUUUUUCCCUCCCCAGUGAAAAGCCCAAUGCUGUAUUUCUGUCUUCACUAAUAUUUGGAAGUAUUUCCUCGCUAACACACUCAGUUCAAGCUGAAAAUUGUUCCCUAUCCAAAAUUUUGUUUUGUGUAUCAGAAUAAGCAUAAAGUGAAUUAUUCACCUACAUUAAUAUUAUGUCUUUGCAGCUUAGGUUUUCUGAUGUUUUACAAACAAAAUUGCUAACCACAAACACAUUGUUUAUCAUAUGUGUGUGUGUGUACACACAUAUAUGCAUACACACACACACAGCAUAAAGUACACACCAGGGCUAGUUAUUUGGAUUUCUUGCACAACUAUUUAGCUUUUUGUAAGUUCAAUGUGUAAAUUUUAAAGACAUAAAUAUAGAGAGACCUAUGUGUUUGAAAUAUAAAUGAUAUAUAUGGAUUAGCAUGUACCUGUAUAUUAUUAAACAUGCAAUGAACUGACUGGUAAGUGAUGUCUAAUCAUAUGGCUAGCAAUGUAAUUUAUUCAGACUGUAUUUUUGUACAGAGCAGCGCACACUAACCUAUGCCUUUGUGUCCUCUUUAAUGCCUAAAACUGUGCCUAGAAAUUUCAUCUGUCUUAAAUAAAAUAUACUUCAUGCUGUUUAUGCUAUUAGUUUCUCUACUGCUGUUCUAUAUUUAUUAUUUUAAAAUAUAUGACAUGUUUACUACUUAAAUAUGAAUUCAUGAUAUCCUGGUUAUUUUUUUUUUAACAGUCAUCUGAGGGAAACCUGUUUAUCACUCCAGUGGUUUUGAGUUUGCAGUUUCACAAUCAAUUCUUCAUUUCAUGAUUUUUGUAGCUGACAUGAAGUUAUCUAUGUGGAAAAAAUAAAAAUAAAAGUG